AUGGUGCACUCUUCUUCGAGCGCGAAAGAGCCGUAUUCAAUGGCAUCUUUUGUACAGCAAUGCUUUAAACGAAAGCGUGAUCCAAAGGCAUCUGAUACACAUGAAGAGGCUCCGAGUAUGAAAUGUCUUGUGCUCGCAUCAACUCAUCUGAAAGUAGCCGAUCAUCAACCCGCACACGGUAAACCUUCCACUCCCAACAGAAAUUCAAAUCAUCAACAAACAAAUAAUAAUAAUAUUCAUGCUACUCCUCAUAGAAACAAUAUUACCACGAGCACACAAGAAAAUUUGCAAAAUUUAUCGCCAGCCUCUGCUAUUCUUGAAAUGGAUGUAUUUGAAAAUUGGACAUUUUCGAAUGGAUCAUCAGAACGGUCAAGCCAAAAUUCAGAAAAUAUUGUUUAUGAUGACCAUUACUUUAAACGAGUAAAAGCAAAGGUUGAAAAACGAAUGAAAAAAGCUCUAGUGAUCAAAAAACAAAGGGAAGAAAAUCUAAAAUCGACACAAGAGCUUAAAGACCUCGAAAACAAAUUGAAGGCUUCUGCUUCGGGAGAAAACAUUUCGAUGGAAGAAGACCAAAUAUUGAUGGGCCUCAAAGAAUUACAAGGUAGUAAUUCAGAGGUUAAUGUGAAAAAAUUGUACGCCAGACUAAAUAGAAAAGACUAUUCAAACUUUGUGUCAUCCUUAGAGCACCAAAUGAACUGCACUGAAUUUGAUCGAUUUCACGUUUUCAAUUUUGGAUCUUAUUUUGAACGCAAGAUCAUACUGGAGGCGAAAAUAAAGCCAUCAUGUGACAUGGACGUCAUGAAAAGAAAUUUGAAAACUCUCGAGGACAGCAUAGAGUACUCCUGCAAGAUAUUACAAGCUCCUUCGGUUAAGGAUAUUAUACUUCAUUUUGCUCCAUUCUCAGUGAAAGAAUAUAUUAAGCUCUUUGAAGAAUGUGGAAUUCAUAUCACAACGAGCGCAGAUUUAGAGAUGCAAAGUUUUACAUUCAAACUUCCAGAGGAAACCAUUCUAUUAUCGAAAAUUAUUACUGAGAAAUUUGGAAAUUAUAUUUCAGUAUUAUUCAAAAAGUUUUUAAACGAUAUGAACAAUUCUGUGCGUCGUCUCAGUGAAUUAGAACUGCUUUUAAUAGCUCCCUUUUUGAUACAGGUUGUUUUUUACAAAAAUCAUAUUACUGCAUGUAACUUGAACGGAAAGCUCAAUAGAUACCAUACUAGUUCUGCAAAUAGCAUUCUACCAACCAAAUAUCACAAGAUUUAUGACAGAGAGGGUAUACUUGGUAGAUUUGAUGAAAUGCUGUUUUCUCAAUUAUUUCAAAAAGUAUUUCUAAAAUUAAGUAAUGCGCAAAUCGGAGACACUAUCGAAGAAAUUAUGAAACGAUUUGCCCUUUCAACUCCCAACUCAAAGCCAUCAGACUUGAUAUCAGACUUCUCCAGUGAUUUGGUCCUCAAGUAUUUGAAUACCUAUUUCCCAUGCCACUUUUUCAAACGUCUCAUGACAAGAUUUUGGGCUAUAUAUCCAUUUCAAAUUCAAUGCAUGUUCCACAAGUUUCUAUUACUAUUGCUAGUGAAUUGUACGAAUAAUAGGAACGUUUCAACAAGUCGUGUGCUUGGUAUGAAUGGGACUGAGAGUGAGGCAAGUCCUCAAUUACUUCACACGAUCAUACACGACUCUCUGGUAUUCAUUGAACGUAUGAUAGACAACAUCAUCUCAUCAAAUGCAUAUCCUUGCACUUAUUACUUGAUGAAAGUCAUGGAUUUGAUUGCGUUAAGUAUUGGACCUAAACGGUUCAAGUUUUAUGAAAAGCAUGUACGUGACACCAUCACAAAGGAACAGACAACCACAUACCAAAACAUACUUUCUAGUUGCCGAAAGAAGAUACGUGAUUGUCCUUCUAUAAGCAUCGCCGAACGUCAAGAACUGAUCCACACACACCUGGACAGUAUUUCAAACUUGUUGGUGUCAUCAACCAUGAAGGUGUCUGAAAACGAAACAGAUCAGUACUUCAUGGUUCAAUAA